AUGGGUCAGACUCCGAAUACUCUGAGGUACAGCCAGCUCGGCCAGGCAGAUACUGCUACGGUUACUGCGCCAUCGAGUAUGCGCAGCGCGGGGCCGCACAACAUCACGACAGCCAUGUCACCAGCCCAUGCCCAUGGUUGCCUCGAUCUCGAUGCCUACUCGAAUAGUACAAAUACAAAUGAAGCGACGCGCGCAGCGGAAUAUACGCUUGCUCCUAGACGACUUGUACCAAACAGCGCUAAUCUGAAUGUGGCCAAGCGCUCGGCAUCGGUGAUUCCAGAUUUUUCAGGCAACGACAUCUUUGAAAGUAAUCGCAACCCAAGCCAGAACCACGCGCAACAGCAGGGACAAUAUUACGAGUCCUCUCGCCACAACAAUAAGCCACAAUACCCUCGGUCGCCUGCUACUGCUACCUUGACUCCACUAUCGGCUUCUACCUCCCCAUACUACGACUAUCCUUCCGUUGACGCCAUGUCGCUCUCCUACGAGCCUUCUCGGACUCUAGCAACCUACCCAGCGAUGAUGCAGCACGAGCAGCCUCAAGAACAAGAUGAAAACAACUUCCAGCAUCACCAGUAUCCACCGCCUUCUCCGCUAUCCGAACAUCCUUACCACACCCAAGGCGUCGUCGACCCAACCACUGGAAUAAACAUGGAUAUGCCAGAAUUGCUACAGAAAGAAGACUCUGACGCGCCGAGCCCCGGCCGAUCAAGACCGAUUCCCAAGCCCGAUAGAGAGGUGACAAAAGGACAGGAUGGUCGGUUUAUUUGCACAUGGGCGGCAUGUACUGAAGAUGCAAAGUCGUUCAGCAGAAAGUGCGAAUGGGCCAAGCAUAUGGACAAGCACGAUCGACCUUAUAAAUGUCCUGCUGAUGGUUGUGAAAAGCUACCAGGUUUUACUUACUCGGGGGGUCUCCUUCGGCAUCAACGAGAAGUCCAUAAUCUCCAUGGCGGUCCAAGAAAACAACUCAACUGCCCACACCCGAAUUGCAAGCGACAUAGUGGCAAGGGCUUUUCGCGCCAGGAGAACUUGAACGAACAUUUGCGCCGGGUACAUACAGAUGCAGGCCAGUUAGAGAAUGUGGCAGAUGACACCGAGGAUGAUGGAAGCGAGCGAGCUGGGAUGAAAAGGAAGAGAGGCCCUGGACAAAGCGACGGCGUUGCAGAAAUGCGGGCAGAGGUGGCGAGGUUAGGUGCAGAGGCGGCGACAUUAAGAGCUGAGAACGACGAAUUACGAAGAAAUGCAGACUCGCAGCAGCAGUCAACGGCCGAAUUGAUGCGGCAACUUAACAAUUUGCAGACUAUUGUCGGCCAAAGGAUGGGACAGGCUCAAGCUCCACAAGCUAUGAUGUAA